AUGACGGCCUUGAACAAGAACAACUCUGCUGUCAAACGCAUCAUGCAAGAAGCGAGAGAAUUGGCCAAUGAUCCUUCCACAGACUAUUCUGCUGCCCCGCUAGAGGAUGAUAUAUUUGAGUGGCACUGCACUCUACGUGGGUCUGCUGGGACUGAAUUCGAGGGCGGUUUAUACCACUUCCGCAUCUUGCUACCCGCGGAAUAUCCUUUCCGGCCACCUUCUAUCAUGAUGUUGACGCCGAACGGACGGUUUGAGCUAAACACUAAGAUCUGCAUUAGUUUCACCAACUAUCACGAAGAAUUAUGGCAACCCGCUUGGGGGGUGCGAACCGCAAUCAUUGGUCUGCAAGGGUUCUUCCCGUUGAAGGGUCAAGCUGCUGUUGGUGUGGGUUCCAUAGAAUACCCCGCCACUGAACGCAGGAGACUGGCAGCUCUAUCGCGCGAAUGGGUCUGCCCACAUUGCAAGCAGACAAAUCUCGAGCUCCUGCCAGAUCCUCCUGCACCGACAACGCCCAUCGCUGCAACAGCCCGAAGCCUUGGUAGCGAAGAACCCAUAUCAGAUGUGGUAACUGAAGAUUCCCCACGCUGCGAUUUGAAAUCUGCUUCUGUUGAAUCUAUACCGUUAUCUACUCCCCAGCCGAAUAUGCCGCACAUCGUCUCCGCAGUACGACCGGCUCCUAUCAUCCAGCUAUCGUCCUCCACGCCGACAGGUGAUUCAUUUGGCAUGGAUCGCAGUACAUCAAGAAGUUCAGCCGCUUUGCCCAGAACAGCAAGGAGUGAGACACCGCCGACACCGACACCGACACCGACACCCAGUGAGGGUUCUACAGUGCAUGGACCUCGGAGUAGUCAAAAGCCGCCCAUGCUGUUGGACACCGCCAUCGCCAUUCUCUUGGUGCUCCUCUUCGCGAUUAUCUGCCGGCGAGUCGUUUAA